GUUCAGUUUUUGCUGUUAACUCUGUAAAAUGACUCAUUUCAGUGAAAACUGGGCAAACUAUUUAAUGAACAGUUAAGCUGAAAGAAAAGAAACAAAGAAAAGCAUAACAAUGAUAAUAGUUGCAAUGAGGUAACCAAAAAAAAAAAAAAAAAGUCAUAAAAUAGGCCUGGAGCCAAAUUCUGAAAGUGCACUAAAACAAAGUUCAAUACAAAUACCCAGUACAUUUUGUUUGGAUGCUUUGUAAUGUUGGUACCUACAUAUCCCACAUGUAGUUGGGGAGACAUAUUGAUUUAGUGCCGUCCCUCUGUCUGUAUGCCUGUCUGUCUUUAAGGCACCCUUGAUGUCUGAAUUGAUUUUUCAGGAAUGGAUAUGAGCUAGAUCUAUCUGAGUUGGAUACCAGGUUUGAAAUAUCUGCAGAUGGAAUGAACUUGACAAUAUAUGAAGCGGAUGUAUCAGACACAGCCAGAUAUACCUGCAUAGCUAAAAAUGUAGGAGGAGAAGCAGAGAAAAACUUUGAUCUGGAUGUUCAUGUUCCACCAACAAUUGAUAAGGAUUCUGUUUCACCAGAGGAAAAUACUGUUGUGAAAGACAACUCUCUAUAUUUGAACUGUCCAGUUACCGGCAUACCAACACCAAAAGUUUUCUGGUACAAGGAUGGAGAGAUUUUAGAUCCAGAUCUCGACCCAAAUAUACAUGUUCAUGCAAAGGGCCUUAGGUUAGAAAUUGUGGGUGCACGUGUUUCUGACACUGGAAUGUACAAGUGUGUAGGUGAGAAUGUAGCUGGAAGCACAGAGCAAUCUUUUGAUGUCGACGUGCAAGUUGGUCCAGUUAUUGAUCGUCCGGGAGAAAUCAACAAACCAGAGAUAGUGAGCAAUGAGUCUAUUAGCCUGACGUGCCCGGCUUCAGGUAUUCCAUUACCAGAAGUAACAUGGUUUAAAAAUAAUCAACCAAUAUCUUCAAAUACCAGCCAGUACACUUUGCUAAACGAUGGAUGGACACUUCGCAUUAUUUCAGCCAAUGUUAGCGACUCUGCAAGGUACAUAUGUAGAGCACAGAAUCCAGCUGGUCAGGGUGAAAAGGCCUUUGAUCUUGAUGUCUUAGUUCCUCCAAAUAUUGACAGAAACAAUUUGAUCGUUGACCCGAAGGUGGUGCUCAAUAAAUCUGUGAUAAUUAACUGCCUUGUAGAGGGAAAGCCUUCACCUAGUAUCAUUUGGUAUAAAAAUGGCAUACAACUAGAUGCAUCUGUUCAGCCACGGUAUGAGAUUCUGUCGAGUGGCCGGCAGUUGCGAGUUAAGAUGGCUCAGCCGUCAGAUACAGCUACCUUUCAGUGUUUAGCAGAAAACAAAGCCGGGUCUGAUACUGUGGACUUUCAUCUAAAAGUACUUGUACCAGCUAAAAUUGAGAACCGACGACCUAAUACCAAUCCCAAAGUGGUAGUCAAUGGCAACAUAACAGUUGUGUGUCGAGCAACUGGAACUCCCAAACCAACUAUAUCAUGGUAUAAGGAUGGGGUAGAGUUGGACAGUCUGGAAAAUGUUGAAAUAAACAAUGACGGUCAAGAGCUUACUAUAUAUAGUGCACAGGUUGCUGAUACAGCCUUGUACACAUGCAGAGCUGUUAAUGAAGCUGGGGAAUCAGAUACAUCGUACCAAGUUGAUGUACAAGUUCCACCAAAACUUGAUGAAGAUGAAGUAAAUGCAUCUCCACAUGUAGAACUGGGCAAUUCUGUUGUACUGAACUGUCCUGUAGUCGGUGUACCACAACCUAACAUAGUUUGGAUGAAGGCGGGUCAACCAAUCGACUAUGACAGCCAUAGACAUAUAACUGUGCAGGCAGAUGGUCAGAGACUAUCAAUAGAGAGAGCUAGGCUUACAGACGCAGAUGUAUACACAUGUAUUGCUGCAAAUCAGGCUGGUUCCGUGGAACAAGAUUAUGAAUUAGAUGUUUGGGUACCACCUUCGAUAGACGGCACGAACCUAGAUCUAAAUCCAACAGUGAUCAAAGGUCAUACAUCAGAGCUGUUUUGUCCAGUGGAGGGAAAUCCUUUCCCAGAUAUACUGUGGCUUAAGGAUGGUGAGCCAGUACAGUUAGACAGUCGUGUUGAAAUUAUUGAUGACGGCAUACAGCUGAAGAUCUUAAACGCCACAGAAAGUGAUACAGGCAGAUAUGAAUGUGUUGCAAGAAAUCCUGCUGGACAACAAUCAUUGGCGCAUAAUCUGGAAGUUCAUGUUAAACCAUCGAUAGAUGAGUCAAAUGUGGUGUACUUCCGAAAAGUUAUUGAAAACAGAACAAUUAUCAUCGAAUGUCCAGUAUCAGGUAUUCCUACGCCAACAGUUGACUGGCUGAUCAAUGGCAAUCGUGUGAGGUCCAGGGAAGGUCUACAGUUUAGUCAUAAUAACAAUCAUCUAGAAAUUGCCAGAGCUCAGGUUACAGACACUGCUGUCUAUACAUGUAUAGCAACAAAUGCUGCUGGAGAAUUAAAGAAAAAUUUUGACUUAGAAGUUCAAGUGCCACCUAAAAUAGAUACUGACAAACUAGCAACAGAGCUGAGUGUUACCCAGAACAAGAGUACAGCUAUAGUUUGUCCAGUGAGUGGCAUACCAGAGCCAUCUGUUAUCUGGUAUAAGGAUGACGAGCCACUUUUAGACUGGCCGUAUCAAGGAUUAAGUCUGAAAAACAGGGAAAAGACUCUGGAAGUUUUGAAUGCACAGACAGAUGAUGCAGGUGUUUAUAGAUGUGAAGCAACUAAUCGUGCCGGCCAGUUGAAGUUAGACUUCACACUUCAUGUUUAUGUACCUCCACAAAUUUCUGGAUCAGAGGCGGUGACACAUGUGUCAGUUACACAUGGGGCAAAUGUAGCUUUAGAAUGUGUGGCAUCAGGAAAUCCAGAACCGCAGCUAGCAUGGAUAAAAGAUGACGAAACUAUAGAACUUGUAGAGAAUCCACACAUCGUGAUACAGAACAAGGGACGUCUGCUGCAGAUCAGCAACUCUGAGGUAACAGAUUCAGGAAGAUAUGUUUGUCAUGCAGAAAAUCGUGUGGGGAUUGCAGAAAGGAAGUUUGAGCUAGACAUCAAUGUACCUCCAUAUAUAAACGGAUCAUUGGAAGGCUUACAGAAUGUCUGGGUAAUUAUAAACAAACCUCUGACAUUGGAGUGUCCAGCUGAAGGUGUUCCUCCACCCAGUAUUACCUGGAGACGACAAGGACAGUUUAUACAACAGUAUGGUAGACCUGGUUUACGCCUUCAGGACAAUGGAAGAAAGUUGUAUAUUGUUCGUGCUCAGUUAAGAGAUCUCGGAGAUUAUUCUUGCUAUGUUGAAAAUGUUGCUGGCAAUGCUUCCCUGGACUACUUUGUUAAUGUAUAUGUGCCUCCAACAAUAGAACGGGGGUUGGAGAGAGUAGAGGCUGUUGUUAACACUGGAGCCACACUAUUAUGUGAGACUUUAGGGCUUCCAGAUCCAGUUGUCACCUGGCAGAAAGAUGGGGAACCAUUUCCAACAACUGGACUCAGACAUCGUAUGAGGGUUUCUGGUACAAUUGAAUUUACGUCAGUGCGACUGGAAGAUACAGGAACCUACAGCUGUAAUGCAACAAACGAGGCUGGAAGUGCAACAAGAGUUAUGAAAUUAGAUGUUCAAGUUCCACCUAGAAUGGUUGGUACACAGCCCCUUUACUUGAAUGUCGCUGAAGGAAGGGGAAUCGUACUUCCAUGUAAUGUAACAGGAACGCCAGUUCCCACAAUUACCUGGCAAAAAGGAGCUAAAAUGGUCACAGGUGGACAAGGUAUUGCAGUAAUAGAGAAUGGUUCACUAUAUAUACAGAAGACAGCGGAGACUGAUGCUGGAGUGUACCUCUGUAUUGCAGAAAACAAUGCUGGUGCAGCUUUUGGGCAGAUAAUACUUCGCAUUAAUUUGCCACCAACAAUCCAUGCGACAGAAAAAGACUUAGAGUUUGUUAUAAACAAAGGACAGAAAAUUGUGUUACGUGUAAGCUUCUGGAAGACCUCGACCAAAAGUUACUUGGGAGAAAGAUGGGAAGGUGAUGUAGGAACUUACACGUGUAUUGCCAGAAAUGUAGCUGGUACUUCAAGAGUAGACAUGAAGUUACUCGUGCAAGAACCACCAACUAUAGAUGAAGAAAGUAGACUGCUGACAUCUACUGUUGGUGAGACAGCUGAUUUACGAUGUGCGGCGACAGGAAUACCACCUCCAACUAUCCGCUGGUUAAAAGAUGGGAGAGAAAUUGAAGAACCUUCCUCAAAAUAUGAGAUAACACGAUCUGGUAAUCUACUGUCAAACAACUUACAUCAGGAAGAUGAUACUGGGAGCUACUUGUGUACUGCUACCAAUGUUGCUGGACAAGCCACACAGGAACGCUUGCUGAGAAUCCAGGUUCCUCCCUCCUUUAUUGUGGUGCCUCAAAUAAAGGAAGUGUUACUGGAGCAGAGAUUGGAAUUGAGAUGUACUGCAAAAGGAAGGCCAACACCAACAAUUCACUGGAAAAGAAAUGAUGUACCUGUUGCUUGUAAGUAA